AUGGGGAGGAGUUACCCUGCCGACACUCAGUCCCAACGAGCUUUGCAAGAAGUUUACGAAAAGGAGGAACUCGCGGCAAUUAAAUUCUUUCUUGCCCAUCACAAACCAGAUGAAGAGGUCACUAAGAAAUCAGCCACAGUUAAGGAGAUCUUUCAACUUGAAAUACCUCAAAAGUAUAUCAAACUUAUGGAUGAAAAGACACACAGAAAGAUAAAGAAACAAUCAGAGGCAACGACAAAAGAAUUACUGCCUUCCACUGAAGAGAUUCCUCUUAUGCGACCUCCUAGUUCUAGCAUCUACCUGAAACAACGACUGAAGUUGAAUCCAGAUGAAAGAUACGAGAUGCCAGUCACGUCAGCAAUGGAAUAUGGCUGGAAGUUAUUUGAAGUCUUCCCCAAAAGUGAAAUCACACACCCGCGUUAUGGAAGAAUUAGCACUAUUCAGAAGAGUUUCUUUCGUAAUGGUAGCAUCUCGCUGAAGAUGGGUGAAGACAUGCUUUGA